UUCGCAUCCCGUUUCAUCCAUCCAUCCUUCCAACCACAACCGUUUCUCCCGUUUCUGUGUUUCACAACCUCCCUUUCCCUCGCCCCUCGAUUCUUCCGCUGACACCAAAUCCAUGCACACUCCCACAUCGAAUUGGGUGUUGUAUUGUAAUCUAUGCUCCAUGCCAGCUUGUAUUCGCCGCCAUUGAUCGUCCUUGUACCGCUUUCCCGCGGCUAAUUCCUGUCCCGUCGCGAUUCGCAUUGCGGCCUCCUCCCUAACCUGGAGAUCCCGCGAAUUCCGGCUGCCUCGCCGCUUCGGGUUUAAGCCCAUCAUCAGUUUGGCGUGAUUAUCCGGGUCUAGAAUCAACUGACUGCCCCAUGGCUGGUGCACAUUAUGGCCGCGAUUGAAGACCAGCUGGCGCCGCGAUUUUAGCACCAUCGAUCACGGUGUUUCCGCGACGCGGCCGUCGAUCGAGUUUUCGUUCCACGACAGCGCCUAGGCGGGGGGAAAGGUUUCAGCUGUCCUGCGUUUCAGUGGAAACUUUUCAGUGGUCGCGCUGCGGCUCCGUCCUUGCUGGCCAUUCAGAUGGCCAUAAGGAGAAGCGGUAUCUUGAACCGUCCGCGUCUCGCCUUAAAGCGCGUAUGAAGCUCUUGGUUGUCUGAGCAAGGAUCAGUACACAUCGCUAAUGCAGCAGCAGAAGCAGCAUCAGCUGCAUUAGCAGGAGCAUCAGCAUUAGCAGCAGCAGUAGCAGCAGCAACAACCACAUCAACGGCCAAUGUUGUUGUAACCGUGAAAGAAACCCUUCUUCAGCCUCGCACUUAUCUCCUUCCGCCCCCCCAUCCCACGCACGCCCGUAACUUGCACCCAUCAUGGUUCCCGCUUUUCCGCGCGGGCCCUCCUUGUCCGCACCCGAAAUCGAAGAGGAAGGAACCGCGCUGCGACCUGUCGAACCGCGUCCCGCCGCAGCUUCUAGCGCCGCUGCCGCCGCUACCGGCGCCGCCGCUGGCGGCGCUGCCACCAGCGGUGGCGGCGUAAGCAGCACUAGCGGCGUAAGCGGCAUUAGCGGCGUAGGCGGCAGUAGCGCGCUGGGGGGGACGGAUUCCAAGAGGGGGAGGCUGCGGAAACCGGGGAGGAGAGAUUUGGGGGACAGCAGCGCGGGGGAAGAUUCGGAGGGGUUUUUGAGCGGGAAGGAGGAUGGGGAGGGGCGGGGGUUGCUGAAAGGUAUUCUGAAGCGCGGCGGCAUGGGGAGCCAGUGGGAAGGGGGGAGCGGGGGGGGCGGCGGGGGCGGAGGCGGAGUGCUGAGCGGAGGGAGGUUUGGGGCGACGUUUACUGAGGAGGAAUGGAAGGAGUACUUUAAGAAGAGUUUGACGGAGAUAUUCUUCGGGUCGAAGCUGAACGUGCUGAUGCCGUUCAUUGUGAUCGCCAUGGUGUGCGUGCAGCUGGAAGUGGCGCAGGGCUACAUAUUCCUGUUUUCUCUCCUUGGCAUUGCGCCCUUGGCUGAACGGCUAGGAUAUGUCACAGAGCAACUCGCCCUCUACACUGGUCCAACCUUGGGCGGGCUGCUGAACGCGACUUUUGGCAAUGCUACGGAGCUGAUCAUCAGCGUGUUCGCGCUGCGCAACGGCAUGAUCCGCGUGGUGCAGCUGUCGCUGCUGGGCUCCAUCCUCUCCAACAUGCUCCUCGUGCUCGGCUGCGCCUUCUAUGCAGGGGGCCUGCGCUACCGCGAACAGAAGUUUAACAAGACGGCCGCGCUGGUGAACUCUGGCCUAUUGCUGAUGGCGGUGAUGGGGCUGGCUUUACCCGCCAUACUCCACUCGACGCACACGGAGAUGCGCGACAACGAUUCAGAGCUCGCUCUCUCGCGCAUCAGCAGCUGCAUCAUGCUCGUGGCGUACGGCGCUUACCUCUACUUCCAGCUCAAGUCGCACACGCACCUCUACGACGAGAACGCGACUGCGGACCCAAGCGCGUGGGGAGGAGCGGAGGGGAAGGGCGGGGCCAGGAAGGGCGAGGCGGCGGUGAUUGGGACGUGUAAUAGUCCGCGGAUGCGGAUGGUGCACUCGGGUUUGACCACGGCUGCCAGCCCCAGGCCGGACAUGGAGGUGGGCAAGGAGGAUGAUGCAGAGGAGGAGGAGGAGGAGGAGGUGUUGGGGCUGUGGGGGUCCAUAGUGUGGAUGGCCAUCGUCACCAUCUUCAUCGCCAUCCUCUCCGAGUACCUGGUUGACGCCAUAGAGGGCGCAAGCAACAGCUGGGACAUGCCAGUGGCGUUCAUCAGCGUGGUCAUCCUGCCCAUUGUGGGCAAUGCAGCGGAGCACGCCUCAGCCAUCAUCUUUGCCAUCAAGAACAAGCUCGACAUUGCUCUAGGCGUUGCCAUUGGGUCGUCAACACAAAUCUCCAUGUUUGCGAUCCCGCUGUGUGUGGUGCUGGGAUGGGCCAUGGGAGUGCCAAUGGACCUCAACUUCCACAUCUUUGAGACGGCCACACUCUUCGUCACUGUGCUCGUCGUGGCGGCACUGCUUACGGAGGGAGAAGCUAAUUAUUUCAAGGGCAUCAUGUUGGUGUUGUCGUAUCUGAUCGUGGCUGCUAGCUACUUCGUUCACAACGACGCCUCCGAGUCGCAGGAUUGGCCUGGUCCGCAUGCUUGAGUAGCGUACAUGGAUAAGAUUGUAUUUUAUUUGGUCACACUAUGUUCAAUGUCUUCCAAAUAGCUCUUUCUUGAAGAGAAGGUUGUAUUGUUAUGAGUUGCAUUUAGGAGCUGCUCUUUUCUAAACGAUUUCGGAAGUGUAGAUGUACCAAAUGUUUUGUACCAUCGUU